CGAUAUAAUUCAGUUCCUCCAGAAAUGGCGUGGGGGAAACUCUAAAAUAUAUGGACAGUUUAUUUUUCUCUGAAAAUUAAUGUGAUAGUGAAUAGUGAAAAUUUAUUGGACGGUUCAAGAGAUCAUAAUAUUCACGAUCAAUUCUAACAAAAGAAUUUCUGACAAGAUGGACUCCCAGUACACUCUCGGCCUACUAGCAAUGUUCCUGCUAACUUCAACGUGUGUGGAAACGUCACACAGAUCGUGGGAGACUAAUCAGGUGGUCGAUGAAGAGAAAACUCUGGCAAGUUCUCUCUGCCCGGAAGUUACAGGCACGAUGCUACAGGAAGGAUGGGACUACGGUGCUGCAGCCCAUCGUCACUAUACGAUCACCCCGAAUAAAAAAGAGUUCACCAGUCUUCAAGCUCUUCUGUUGUCUCUGCUUAGCUGCUUAGCGAGUCGCGACACAGAAUCUUGCACCCUAUUGGCUAAUUGUUCUACUCAGAUCGACCAGUUACGGACGAGACACGUCGCUCUCUGGCUCAAGGAAGACUUCACUUUCCCGGAAAAUGACAUUAAAGUGGCAAUGGCUCGUCUUAAAUCAAUGGUAGCUGCCGAAGACCUGGACUCUAAAAUCUUACCGAUUUUCUCACCCCUCGCUGACAGCUAUGGGAUUGAUCUGCAAUCAAAAAAUAAAAGUGUCGAUUUGGCGAUUGAACUAGAGACAGCGGUGACUAACAAUAGCCCUUGUGAAAUUAUUGCACUGGUCAAGAAAGGAGGAGAUGUCAAUGGGUUGACUCAGUCCGGGGAAAGCCUCGUCCAUUUGGCCGCAAGGAGUGGAAGUACGUCUGCUAUCGCUGCGUUGGGGUUCCUGAAGGCAGAUCUUGACGUUAUCAAUGCUGCUGGUGCAACUCCUAUGGUUGAAGCAAUUAAAAUGAACAGCGCUCUAUCUAUCAAGGAGCUGAUAUUGGCCGGUGCUAAAAUUGAGAAGCGAAUGCUCAGAGGUAACACGUAUCUCCAUAUUGCGGCUUCUUCUGGCAAAAAUGAAGCAUUGCGGACGCUACUUGAAGCAGGACUUGAACCCGACGUAAGGAACCAGCUGGGUGAUACUCCAUUGCAGCUAGCUUUCAAAGCAGGAAAUGUCAAGGGGGUUGAAAUAUUAGUGGAAAGAUGUAAUAAUAUCUCUUUGAUAAUCGAAGAAGGGAAGACUCUCCUCCAUAAAGCCGUUGUGUCAUCGAGUGUUGAUAUGUUCACAGCAUUAGUUCAAUGUAGGCUUUUACAAGACCUCCAAUUGGAAAAUAAUGAUACAUUAGUUCACUUGAUAGUUCGUUCGAACAAUGCGACAGAAAUGCUCAAAGUACUCAAAGAUGAAAGAGUGUUAUCAAACAUCAGGAACAAGGAUGGUCUCGCACCCUUACACAUAGCUAUUGAUCCAUCAGUUGUUGAGACGCUGUUGGAGAUUGGUGCGGAUGUUAAUAUUACAACAAGAAAAGGAGAAACCGCUCUUCAUAUAGCUUCGGCCAAAGGAUACACGAAUGUCGUAAAAGUCCUAGUUAAACACGGUGCAGGAGUUGACAUGCAGGAUAACGAUGGAGAAACUGCUCUGAUGGCUGCUACGAGAUCAAAGACGAAUAAUCUGGUUCUAUUUUUAUUGUACAGCGGUGCAGAUCCAACACUCAAGAACAAAGAGGGGCGGACAGCGCUGCACUUCGCGUCUGAAGGAGGCUGCGUUGACUGUGCAUUAAUUUUGUUGGACUCUGGAGCAAAGGUAAAUGAAAGGGACACUGCUAAAUACACUUCUCUACAUUACGCAUCACAAAAAGGCCAUGUUGAUGUUAUGACUUUACUGUUGGAUCGUGGAGCAGAUCUAAAAGCUAAGUCAGGUUUAAGCAGGACUCCUCUAAUGGAAGCGUCUAUUAACGGCCAUAUAGAUGCAGUGAAGCUUCUAAUUGAUCGAGGUGCGCCUAUCAACGAUACGGAUAAAAAAGAAUGGACUGCAUUACAUCAUGCAGCUGAUGGAGAAAAAGUUGACGUGAUCAGUUUGCUUCUGGAAGGUGGAGCAGAUAUAAAAGCUAAGUCAGAUUCAGGCAGGACACCCCUUAUGGAAGCGUCUAUUAAUAAUCAUUCGGAUGUGGCCAAGCUUCUAAUUGAUCGAGGAGCGCCUAUCAACGAUAAGGAUAACGAAGGAUUCACUGCAUUACAUCAUGCUGCAGAAAAAGGGGGAAUUAGCGUGGCGACUUUACUGUUGGAUCGUGGAGCUGAUCUAACAGCUAAGUCAGAUUCGGGUAAGACACCACUAAUGGAAGCAUCUGAAAAUGGCCAUCAUGAUGCAGUGAAGCUUCUCAUAGAUCGAGGAGCGCCUAUUAACGAUAAGAACAAUGAUGGCUGGACUGCGUUACAUUAUGCAGCAAAAAAAGGGCAAGUAGGCGUGAUGACUUUACUGUUGGAUCGUGGAGCUGAUCUAACUGCUAAGUCGGUUUCAGGCAUCACCCCACUAAUGGAAGCAUCUGUUAAUGGUCAUUUGGAUGUGAUUAAGCUUUUAAUUGACCGAGGAGCGCCAGUUAACGAAAAUGACGUGAAAGGGUGGACUGCAUUACUUCAUGCAGCCGCUAGUGGGAAAGAUGGCGCGGUGAAUUGUCUUCUGGAACGUGGAGCCAAUCUUACAGCUAAGUCAGAUUCGGGCAAAACACCACUAAUGGAAGCAUCUGAAAAUGGACUUUUAGAUGCGGUGAAGCUUCUCAUCGACCGAGGAGUGCCAAUCAACGAAAAGAAUAAUGAUGGAAGGACUGCCUUACAUUAUGCGGCACAAAAAGGCCAUGUUGAUGUUACGACUUUACUGUUGUAUCGUGGAGCAGAUUUAACAGCUAAGUCAGAUUCAGGCAUCACACCACUAAUGGAAGCAUCUACUAAUGGUCGUUCGGAUGUGGUGAAGGUUCUAAUUGGCCUAGGAGCGCCUAUCAGCGAUAAGGAUGUGAAAGGAUGGACUGCAUUAUAUCAUGCAGCUGAUAGAGGACAUGUUGGCGUGGUGAGUUUGCUGUUGCAUGGUGAAGCAGAUCUAACAGCUAAGUCAGGUUCACGCAUCACACCACUAAUGAAAGCAUCUGAAAAUGGUCUUUUAGAUGCGGUGAAGCUUCUCAUCGACCGUGGAGCGUCUAUCAACGAUAAGAAUAAUGAUGGAAUGACUGCGUUACAUUAUGCGGCACAAAAAGGACAUGUUGGUGUGAUGACUUUACUGUUGGAUCGUGGGGGAGAUCUAACAGCUAAGUCAGAUUCAGGCAGGACACCUCUAAUGGAAGCAUCUGUUAAUGGCCAUUUGGAUGUGGCGAAACUUCUAAUUGACCGAGGAGUACCUAUAAACGAUGAGGAUAAUGAUGGAUGGACUGCCUUACAUUAUGCUUCACAAAAAGGGCAUUUUGGCGUUGUGACUUUGCUGUUAGAACGUGGUAUAGAUCUAACAGCUAAGUCAAGUUCAGGCAGAACACCACUAAUGGAAGCAUCUGUUAAUGGCCAUUCGGAUGUGGCGAAACUUCUAAUUGACCGAGGAGCUCCUAUCAAUGAGAAAGAUUACAACGGAUGGACUGCACUACAUGAUGCAGCAGGAUACGGAAGGCUUGAAGUGCUGACUUUACUUUUGGAUAGUGGAGCCGAUAUCCAUACAGCUAACCCAUAUUUUGGCAGAACACCACUAACGGAGGCAUCUAUUAAUGGCCACUUGGAGAUCGUGAAGGCUCUCAUUGACCGAGGAGUUGUAAUCAACCAUGCAGAUAAUGAAGGAUGGACGGCCAUAGAUUACGCAGCAAAAAAUGGUCAAUUUGACGUAGUGAGUUACCUUGAAUCAAAAGGAGCGGUUGAGUCACCUCGAGACCAAGACCAAGACCAUGACCUCGAAGAUUAGGUUUGGAAAAAUACAUUUCUUGUUAUGAAGUAUUUUAUUAAAAGGAAUGUUUUUGUAUUAUAAUAUUGAAACGUAUUUCUGCCAAUGUAAAUAAAACAAAAACUAGGUAAUGUAAAUAUACUUAUGUUCAAAAUAAUAUAUUUUUAUAUUUUUU